GGCGCCUUCCCCCUUCACCUUCAUAGGCGCUGGGCGUCAAUGGUCAUCGAACAUUUUCACUGCGUCGCCACACUUCACACCUGAGGCGCCGACUCGCCCUCACAUAACUAGCUCGAUCACAACAGCUUUCCGUCCACAGCUUUCUUCUGACGCCCACCUCGUCCUGCACCCACUCAGUCGUCAUGCAAGAUACUGACUCUCCGUUCGGCUCCUGGCCCAUGGACGUCGACAUGCUGUCCUUCGAGACGCACGAACUGACCGCACUCCUACUUGGCGUGGACCGUCAGGUGCUAUCAUUCGAGCGAGACUCCAAUGCCUACGUUGUCAAGCUCUGGUAUGAUGCUUUGGAGGAGGCGGACGUUCCGCGUCAACUCCGCAUAUGCCAACUUGCUGGGGAUUGCGUAGUGCCCAUCGUCGGCCGCGCCUAUAGGCAUGGCGUUCUCAUUGGCUAUGUCAUGCGACGAGAAACCCCACUCGACCUCUCCCCUACAUCUUCCAAGGACGAGCGCGUUGCCGUGAUCCGUCAGGUCUGCGAACUAGUCGACCGUCUUCACUCCCGUAACAUGGUCCAUGGCGAUCUCAAGCGCCUGAAUAUCAUGCGCUGCUCCGAUGGCGCUUUCCGCUUCAUCGACCUCGAAUGCAUGUCCGUCGUCGGGGAUGGUUUCGUGGCACAAGUUGCGACCGCCCAGUACAUGUCGCAAAGGCGUAGCCUUCGUCCCGACUCGGAUCGCGAGCCGCUGUCGUUCAGCGAGGACUACCACUCCCUCGCGCUUCUCAUUUUCGAACUCUACACUGGCCGCGACGACUUCUACAGCAUCGGGCCGACGUCCACUGAAGACCAGAUAAUAUGGACUGAUGUUUGCUGCGAUGCCGCAAACAUAGGCAUGCCUCCAGACGUCCGUCGCAUCGACGACCCGAUGGUUGCGCAGCUGGUCAUGGGCUACUUCCACCGAGGGCCGGACCGGCAUCUCACCCUAGACAGCACUCUGCUUAUUUGCGUGCAGCAUGAGAUGCCCUUCUGUCGACAUGCCCAAAUCUUUAUGCGGCUCCGCGUGCUCCUCGCACUACGAGCAGUCCCGCCUGCACGACGUGCUUGCCGUUCAUUACGCAUGCUGGUCUUCGAUGGCACAUUUUCUUCGCUUAUUCUUGUGCGGUACCAAUUCCUGUCAGUACCGGGGAACGCAUCCACAAAGGCUGCAUUUCCCGCAAGGCAUAGCCCGCUAGAUCUGAGCUUCUGGUCUCCCUCUUGCCGCGAGACGCCCACUUCUGUUGUAGACAGUUCUCAAUUCCAUCGAGUGGAGUCACGAUUGCACACCCUGCCGACACUGCCGCCCACAGAGCAAGCGCCGACAUGGCAAGAUAUAAAUGUGCUGGACCUCCCUUCGAGCUUUCUCAAAUUGCACGGCGGGCCGCAACAAGCAUUCGUACUACGAGGAUAUACGCUGCCGGGAGAGAGGUGGUCAAUGGUGCCCUCGCCAGAGCGCCACAGUCCCUCAUUAUCCGCUCUUACCAUCGAACGUUAAGUCUGCGAAUAAUUUGGACUGCCCUACGUGCUGUGGCACGAGAUACCACACUAAUUAUCAUUUCUGAUCCAGUAAUUCACUGCACCGCGAGAACCACGUCCUCAUCUACCACGGCGGGCUAAUGGGUGCGACAUCAUCAAGCUUUGAUAGAUAUUCUAUACUCCACCCUUCUUGAUUUGCAUUGUCUGCUCGCU